AUGGAAGAGUAUGAAAAGAAUUUUCGUAAAGUGAUAUUUCUCACUGUGUAUGAGAAUCAAGAUAUCAAGAGCAUUCGAUUGGGAAUUGCUAGCUCCUUGAACGUGUUUGAAAAUGAUGACAGUGAUGGUGCAAGAAUAGUGAAAAUAAUUUCGGCAUUAGAAAGGAAGGAUAGAACUACUCUAGUCGUCUUGGAUAAUUUUCCAUCAAUGUCUAAAUUGGAAGAAUUAGGUAUUCCUAAUUAUAAGAGCAAACAGUACAAGUUCCUUUUGACCACUCGCCAUGAGACAGACUGCACCUCAAUCAGAUGUGAUCAUUUGAUUCUUCUGAGCCCCUUAUCUAACGAAGAAGCUUUUGCCCUGCUACAAAAACUUUCAGGUGUUGACUCCCAUAUUGAUAUAGUACGAGAUGUUGCUUUUAAAUGCAAUGGCUUGCCGGGUUUGAUUAAAGAUGUUGCAUCUUCCUUGAAAAAUAAGUCUAUUGUGAAGUGGGAAGAAGCAUUAGUUAGUUUAAGCCACUCAACAACCCGCUACCAAAUUUUUAUCAGCUUCAGAAGAAAUGAUACUAGAAAGAUUUUCACAAACCAUCUCUAUGAUGCUUUGUGUAAGGAGGGAUUCGAAACGUUCAAAGAUGAUCAAGCAUUGGAGAGUGGAGCCCCAAUUGAGAAACUUCUUGAAGCCAUUGAAGAAUCAAGGUUUGCAAUUGUUAUUUUAUCAAAAAACUUUGCAGACUCUAAAUGGUGUCUUAAAGAACUUGUCAAGAUUCUUGACUGCCAAAAGAAGAAGAAACAAUUGAUUUUACCAAUUUUUUAUGAAGUGGAACCAACCGACAUAAGACAUCUAAAAAGGAGGUAUGGUGAAGUUAUGGCGGAACAUGAAAACAAGUUAGAAAAAGAUUCUAAGACGGUAAUGGAAUGGACAUUAGCUCUGAGUGAGAUUUCUCAAUUGAAAGGAGAAUAUUUCAACAUUUCCAACUUAAAAGGAGAGCACUACGAGAGGUAUUUCUAUAACUUUUAG